UUUCAGCGACGGGAAUUGAACCAAAACAAACAUUUUAUUCUUCAAAAGAAAAUAUCAAACGAUCUGUAUUUGGUACUAAAGUUAAUUGUAAUAACGUUAUUUAUUUAUACUUAUUAGGUUCAAAGUUAAAAAAUGAAAAGUUGUUCGGUGGACACGCCCACUAACGAUACUGCGUGUUAUUGUUUGCAUUCGGGUGUUUGUGAACUUUAUCUUGCUAUCUUAAUUACAUAAAAUAUGAACGUUAUCGAGUCACAUCAACGUUAGAAAAGGCCAUAAACGGUAUGCACCAAAUUAUUUCGACUGUGGAAAGAAAAGCAUUGCCAUGGCUAACAAGCUAGCCAACUGGUUAGCUAACUUCAGUGAUUAAAAACAUAUGGUCUAUGAAAAGUACGACCACCAACAUGAUGGACAUGUUUGAGUAAGGGAAGUUCUGAAAAUCUGUGCUCCUAUGGUCCGGUAAUCAAAGUUGGCAUUCUGGUCACUGGUGAGGAAAUUUGACUGUGACAUUUGCUUCACUCCAAUGAUAGUUGCUCCUUUAUGUGUUCUGUCAAAGCCAGAGACCGUGAAUUUACAAACAAUGAAGCUGACCAUCCUCUGAUCGUGCAGUUUGCUGCCAGUGAUGCCCAGACCCUGGCUGAUGCUGCCUGUGUGGUCUCACCCUUCUCUGAUGGAGUGGACCUCAACUGUGGCUGUCCCCAGCGGUGGGCCAUGUCAGAUGGCUACGGGGCAUGCCUUCUCAACAAACCUGAGCCUGUCAAAGACAUGGUUUGACAUGUCAGGAACCAAGUAGACAAUCCUAACUACACAGCCUCCAUCAAAAUAAGUUAAGAGUGAUCAUAUCACCAAAUAUAAUUGUUUCACUUUUGCUUCCAAGACAAAAGAGCCUGUAACAGCUGUAUUUUGCAAGCAACCUAAGUGUCAUCAGAAGUUCCGAUUCCCGUCGUUGUUUCCGCUCUCUUUUCCCAGAAUUCACAAGGACCUGUGAUGUACGGUGGACCUGUGUCAGAAGGCAGAGGCGGCAGGGGUGUCCUGGAUAACGGUCCAUGGUCUUUGACGCUAUCAAGACCAUCAAGGACAGCCUGCCAGUCCCUGUCAUCGUCAACUCUCUUGAGUUGAUGGUGUGAUGGUAGGCCGGGGGCUGUUGUCCAACCCGGCCAUGUUCGCUGGCUACAAUAAGACCCCUCUUGAGUGUGUGUGGGACUGGGUGGACCUCGCCACAAACCAGGGGACCCCCUUCACCUGCUUCCACCAGCACCUAAUCUACAUGCUGGAGAGGGUCAGCUCCCAAAUCAGCGCCGCAGUCAUAGACUACCUCCACAACACAUAUGGCUCCCCAGACAGAAGGCCUAUCAUAAACACAGGCUAGACUGUAUUGUUAGAGAUGACGUUGCAAUGGACUGCAGUUGCCCUCUUCCUCUAUGUGGAAAUAGGUGUACUCCUCAUCCUCUGUCUACCCUUCGUCUCAGCCACCAGAUGGCAGAGUAUUUUCCAGCUGAGAAUAUGGAACAAAAUGGCCAGGUUUUGGAAUAAAUUCUUCCUCGCCAUGAUCAUAAUCCUUAUAGUCCUCUUCCUCGAUGCUGUGCGUGAGGUGAGGAAGUAUUCGGGGGCGGGAAACGGCAAGGAUGCUAAUCUGCAUCCCAACAUGUUUGACAACCUCCACAUGAAGCUGUUCAGAGCCCAGAGGAACCUCUACAUCUCUGGCUUUUCCCUCUUUCUCUGGUUAGUGCUGAGGCGGGUGAUCACUCUGAUCAACCAGCUGGCGAUGGCGUCUAGCACCACGGCCUCUCUGCAGACCAAGGCAGAGAGUGAUAACCAAACUGCCAAGAAAUACAUGGAGGACAACGAGCUACUGAAACAGACUCUGAUGGAUGGGAAGGGGAACAAGGCCACAGCAGAGGGAAACGAGCUGCUGAAAAAAGAGAUGGAGAAACUGAGAGGAGAACUCAAGGGCUCAGGGGAAGCCUUGAUAAAGUCCCAAUCCGAGAUGGAAGCUAUGAAGAAACAAUCCGAUGGACUGACCAAAGAAUACGACCGACUGCUGAAAGAACACCAGAAUCUUCAAGAGUGUGGAGACAAAAAGGUUGAUUGAUCGGGGUUAUGACUACAGCUGUCAGAACGUUUACAGAUUGUACCAAGAAACCAGAAAAAAACACUGUCACGCACGCUAUCAUUUUCCUUUGACAUACUGAAGCACUCUGCAUGAUGUCACCAAAAUACUCCUCCAAAGCACCACUGAGCUGGCAAACAUUAGAUAAAAAGCACCUGAGCACGUUUGUAAUAGAAUAGCUACUACACCAGCAUAGAAAUAGUAUUUGCUGACUUUUGGAGAAUUUCACAGUUGUGAAUGAAUGCCUGCAUGCAUGGCUGUACAAGCUUCAGAUUACAGUGGUCUUCUACUGUGAAUGUAUUUUUGAUGUAAUGGGCUUGCUAUGCUGUUUUUUUCCCUGUAUAUGGCAAGAGUACCAUCGUUGCAUUCAUAUCCAUUUUGUUUCACCUUAGCAGUUAGGCGUAUUACAGAUUGAGUUGUAUGUGUUUUGUAAAACAAAAUUAGCAUUGAAUUAGUGGUAGAGAAGCUAUAUUGAGUUAUUUUUGUAAUUGAAUAUUUGAUAUCAAUGGUGAUGUUCUGUUUUUCAUUCCUCUUAGAUGUGAAGGGUUUGUGAAUAUUACACAGGGUCAUGAUUUUCUGUUCUGUAAUAAGGAUAGUGAAACGGAAAAGUCUGAGCAAAUUCAUCAUUCCUCUUCUCACUCAGACUCUCUGUAUUGACUGUACCAGCCCAGCGGUUGUGUUGGGUAGACCGGGUCAGCACUUGGAGUGGGUAAUUGACCAACAAACUUCCUCCAGCCCCCAUCCCCUAAGUACUUAUCUCCUAUAGGGCCCCAGUACUGUAUAUCCCCCUGUACUGACUGAAUAAGUGCCUUUCAGACCACUGUAGAGAUUUUCUCAUUGUGAGUACAAAAAUCUGCUUUGAGUAAGAAAGUGUUGCAAUAUUCCAGUAUUGCUCACUAUUAGUUGUUUUUGUUGCGAAAUACAUUUUUUUUGUUUGGAAAAAUUGUCUCCACAUACCAACAUGUUAUCCCAUAUUAAAGACGUUUUACUGUUGUGUUACA